AUGAUCCGACUUGAAGAUCUCCAAACUCACUGGGUUCUGUCCCUUGCAGCAGGACUCGUGUUGUACAGCAUCGCCGGCAUUGUGUACCGAGUCUACUUCAGCCCUCUUUCCAGAUUCCCGGGACCAAAACUCGCAGCUGCCACGCUAUUCUACGAGGCUUAUUAUGAUGUAAUCAAGCAGGGUCAAUACACCUUCAAGAUCCGAGAAUUACACAAACAAUAUGGCCCCAUCAUUCGUAUCAGUCCUUAUGAACUUCACAUCGAUGAUCCGGAAUACUAUGAAACUUUAUACUCAUGGAAUUCUCCAAGGAACAAGUACGAAUACUACACUGUCCAAUUCGGAAACCCGAAAUCAAACUUCAGCACCGUCGAUCACCAUCACCAUCGUCUCCGUCGCCAACCACAGAAUCCUUUCUUCUCCCGAGCCAGCGUUCUACGCUUAGAACCCAUCAUAAAUGGCAUGAUCGAAAAGUUUUGUGCUCGGAUCGACGUCUUCAAGCAAUCUGGCGAGCCUAUGCCACUGGAUCUCGCUUACAGAUGUUUGACGACGGAUAUCGUGACAAGAUAUGCCCUGAAUAAGAGCUGGAACUAUUUGGACAGCGAUGAUUUUUCGCCAAAGUGGUUCGAGACUAUUAAAGCCACAGCUGAUAUGGGUCAUUUGAUCAAGCAGGCGAACUGGAUUCUUCCUGUUUGCCGGGCGCUACCUGACUCGGUAAUGUCGAGAUUGUCUCCAGAUAUGAUGUUGAUUUUGAACUGGCAACGAGUAAGUUUUAUCGAACAGUUCUCACUCAACUUCAGUUUCUAA